AUGUCUGGAGAAGAAGAAGAAAAUGCCGCCGAGCUCAAAAUCGGAGACGAGUUUUUGAAAGCCAAGUGCUUAAUGAACUGCGAAGUUGCGUUGAUUCUUGAACAUAAGUACGACCAGCUUCAGCAGAUGUCUGAUGACCCCAGAAACCAAGUUUCUCAAGUAUUUGAGAAGUCGCUGCAGUAUGUGAAGCGCUUUAGCCGUUAUAAAAAUCCUGAUGCUGUCAAACAAGUUAGAGAAAUUCUGAGCAGAUAUCAACUGACUGAGUUUGAGCUUUGUGUUCUUGGCAAUCUCUGCCCUGAAACUGUUGAGGAAGCUAUUGCUAUGGUACCAUCUAUAAAGGCCAAAGGACGUGUUCAUGACGAUGAUGCAAUUGACAAAAUGUUGAAUGACCUGGCGCUAAUCAAGAAAUUUGAGUAG